GAGUUGGCGCAAGCGCAGAGCGGGGCCGACCAUGGCGGGGCCGGGGCUGGUGGCUGGAGACGUGGUCGUGGACGCGCUGCCCUACUUCGACCAGGGCUAUGAGGCACCGGGCGUCCGGGAAGCGGCCGCGGCGCUGGUGGAAGAGGAGACGCGGCGAUACCGGCCGACGAAGAACUACCUCAGCUACCUUCCGGCGCACGACUACAGCGCCUUCGAGACGGAGAUCAUGCGGAACGAGUUCGAGCGGCUGGCGGCUCGGCAGCCCCUGGAGCUGCUUAGCAUGAAGAGGUACGAGCUGCCGGCCCCAUCCUCCGGCCAGAAAAACGACAUCACGGCGUGGCAGGAGUGCGUCAACAACUCCAUGGCGCAGCUGGAGCACCAGGCAGUCCGCAUCGAGAACCUGGAAUUAAUGUCGCAGCAUGGUUGUAACGCGUGGAAGGUGUACAACGAACAUCUGGUUCACAUGAUAGAACAAGCCCAGAAAGAGCUUCAGAAGUUGAGGAAAAACAUCCAAGACCUGAACUGGCAACGAAAGAACAUGCAGCUCACAGCUGGGGCCAAGCUACGAGAAAUGGAAUCUACAUGGGUAUCUCUUGUCAGCAAAAAUUAUGAGAUUGAACGAACUAUUGUGCAGCUAGAAAAUGAAAUUUCACAGAUCAAGCAGCAGCAUGGGGAAGCAAACAAGGAAAAUAUCCAGCAAGACUUCCAGUGACUUAACCCUGUUUUACUGCAGCAUGUGUUAAAAAAGGUGAAACAAAAAGCUUUGGUGAUGCUUGGUUGUAGACACCUCUAGCUGCAGUUGUGUACAAAAAGGUAUUUUGUUUCUUUUCAUUGUUUCUUUUCCUUGUUUUUAAUCUAGGAGGUGGUACAAAUGUGUUAAGGGCAUAGUUCAAUGUACUGUGAGCUGUUUCAAUUAUGUCUCUAAAGUAGGAGCUCUUAGAAAAUGUGUUUUGUAGUUUUGCAUCUCCCCUGUGCCUUUAAUAAAGGUUGUUUUGGUA